GCUUUCUCAACAGCACGUACGCCAACUCGUCGAGUCUGUUCACACUCGGGGGAGACAACCCCAUGAUGAAUCUAGUCAGAGAGGGCGUGCCAACUCUGCGCGAGGAGAGGUUUGACUCAAAGAAAGAACUGGAUCUCAGACUCCGAGUGGCGUGCGAAGAAUUGAUGGGCUUGAUGUUCGUGCUUCUCAGUCGGCCAUUCUCGACCUUUACUGGACAG